UCCUUUCAGCGGAGAUUAUGGCUGCGGAAUUGGUGAGGAGAAGAGAAGAAGAAGAAGAAGAGACGUUAUUCCAUAGGAGCCCUGCGUCAAUGUGCGUUUGUGUGCAACUCCUUUUUACACAGCGGCUGUUAUGAGCUCCAGAGACGGGAGGCGUUCAACCUGCAACAAUGUCACACGCACAGGUUGAGAUACUAGGACGCGGUUUCCCAGGACUCUCCGUGAACAUGACCGACGACUGUCUGUCCCGGGUGCCAUCCGUGCUGAGGAAGCACGGCUUGGGCGCACGGAGAAACUCUUAUGGGCUGCAGAAGAUUAGCAUGGACAUAGAUUCGCCUCUGUACAGCGGCGUGCUCUCCAAAGCCUUGUCCUGGUCAGCCGAGAAUAUCCCAACACUGUGCGAGUCCAGAGCAGAGGAUGAAAAAACAGACGAGUCCCCACCGUCCCCGUCCCCAGUUUCCAGCCCGGGGACCAGCUCCAACACACCGCCGAGCAGCCAGGAACCCAGCUCUCUCUCUGGCAACUGGGAUCCGGUCCCGAGAUCAAGGGAAGCCAGUUCUGACUCUGAAAAUGAACUUCAGCAUAAACAGCACAAGAUCCUGUCUCGGAUCAAGUUUGACACCCAGUGGGAGCAGGAAGAGAAGGAAGACGUGGAGACCAAAGCUGUGGCAACCUCACCAGAUGGGAGAUACCUGAAGUUCAACAUAGAGAUUGGAAGGGGAUCCUUCAAGACGGUCUAUAAAGGACUGGACACAGAGACUACAGUGGAGGUGGCGUGGUGUGAGCUACAGACCCGUAAACUGACCAAGGCGGAGCGACAGCGCUUCAGCGAGGAAGUGGACAUGCUGAAGGGCCUGCAGCACCCGAACAUCGUCCGUUUCCAUGACUCCUGGAAGUCAACAAUGAAGGGCCACAAGUGCAUCAUUCUGGUGACUGAACUCAUGACGUCAGGCACGCUCAAAACGUACUUGAAAAGGUUUAAGGAGAUGAAGCUGAAGCUGUUGCAGCGCUGGAGUCGCCAGAUCCUCAAAGGGCUUCACUUUCUGCACACGCGCACUCCUCCCAUCAUCCACCGUGACCUCAAGUGUGACAACAUCUUCAUCACUGGCCCAACCGGAUCUGUCAAGAUAGGGGAUCUGGGGCUGGCCACUCUCAAAAGUGCCUCUUUUGCUAAAAGUGUCAUUGGAACGCCAGAGUUCAUGGCCCCGGAGAUGUACGAGGAGAAGUACGACGAGGCGGUGGACGUCUACGCCUUUGGAAUGUGCAUCCUGGAGAUGGCCACCUCUGAGUACCCGUACUCUGAGUGCCAAAACGCUGCCCAGAUCUACCGCAAAGUUACCAGCGGAAUGAAACCUGACAGUUUCUACAAAGUCAAGGUCCCCGAACUGAAGGAGAUCAUUGAAGGCUGCAUUCGUAUGGACAAAGAUGAAAGGUACACCAUUCAGGACCUCCUGGAACACCCGUUCUUCCACGAGAACAACGGCGUGCACGUAGAGCUGGCCGAGGAGGACGACACGGUGAAGUCGGGUCUGAAGCUGUGGCUGCGCAUGGACGACACCAAGAAGCUGCACGGGAAGUACAAGGACAACAAUGCCAUCGAGUUCCUCUUUGAGCUCUACAAAGACGUGCCCGAGGAGGUGGCUCAGGAGAUGGUCGUACUUGGCUUCGUGUGCGAGGCAGACUUCAAGCUUGUGGCCAAGGCCAUACGGGACAGGGUGACCGCCAUCAAGCGCCAGAGGGAGAAGCUGAGGCGGAAGGCGGAGGAGAGGAGGAAGAAGCAGGAGCAAGAGGCCAUCGAAGAGGAACCGGAGCCUCAGCUCCGUUCACCUCAGCUCCGUUCACCUCAGCUCCGUUCACCUCAAGUCAGCAAUGCCGUUGCAGCAGAGUCCCCCACUCCAGCCACCAUCUUGUCCCCCGUCACAAGCUCUGCGGACUCUGGUGUCAGCUCCAACUACCCUGCUGAACCGGAGGAGCCCGAGGCAGACCAGCACUUCCACAUCCGCCACAACAGCCUGUCUUCUGCUAACUCUGACUGUGAGACGGACGGCGAUCUGAGCUCCUCUGGGCUCCAGGAUCCGCUGGAGGCCGGCACCUUUAACACGCCAGCGACCCCUCCCACCAUGCACGCGAACACCCCAAGUGUGAACGGUCUCCCCAUUCCGGCGCUGCGCUUCUCCUCGAGUAUUGCAGUAUCUACUAACACUGAGCACGGCAACUCAGGGUCCCCGAGUGGCUUCAGCUCCCCUGUGGACAGCUACGCCUCUGAUGUGACUUCAGGCUUGAGCGGAAACGAGGGCCUGUCAGAGAAGGGAGAGAAAACGGCUGCAAGGCGAACUGCUGCAAAGCUGUUCCGGAGGAGGGCUCGUUCAAGGCUGCGCAUCACAGGGCUCUCAGAUAAAGUGGACCGGGUGGUGGAGUGUCAGCUGCAGACACACAACGACAAGAUGGUGACCUUCAAGUUCGAUCUGGACGGAGACAACCCCGAUGACAUCGCCGCUGUCAUGGUGCACAAUGAGUUUAUCCUGCCGUCAGAGAAGGAGGGCUUCAUCCACCGCAUGGGCGACAUUAUCAAACGGGCAAAGGCUCUGAUGUCCAAAGACCAGCCGGUCCACUCCAGUGGACACAGAAUCCCUCAGCCUGCUUUCCACAGCGCCGUUAACUCAUUGUCGUCCUCACAGCCUAAUCUGCACAGUCACACCUUGCCUCGAACACACUCGUCCUCUUCUCUGCCUGACUUCACUGUGGCUAACCAAAGUGUAGGGGUCCGUGGCUCUCCACUGGUUCCCAAUGGAGACGUCAUCAAUGCAGACAUUACUUCAUCUGGGCGACCUCUCUUGCGCUCCCAGUCUUUCCAUAACGCCCCAGGGUCUCCGCUUCACCAUCAGCACCAUCACAAUCCUGCGUCACUCCUGCCGCACCACCAGCACUACCAUGUACCCUACAUGGGCCACACGGGCCAAACACACUUCCCAUUCCCAUACCCAGGUUCUCCGGGUUCCCCAAAGCCAGCAGGGAUACAUCCUCCCCUUACACGUGUAGCCAGCAACCCCAGCUUCCCUUCUGUUUCCUCUCCUGCCCCCAGCUCCCCUGGUCCUCAGAGUGAGAUCCCAAGUCCGAACAGCAAUGAGAGCAUCACCCUGUCCCCACCUGCUCCACAGCACCCCAACAUGUGGCCCUCUCACACACAGCCCCUAUUUUCCUUGGCUAAUGUCAUCUCUAUGGCCAUGAGCAUGGCUCAGUCUUUCAUCCCUCCUGCAAGCCUGCCCACCCAGGGUAUGGCCUCUUUUCCAGGCUAUCACCAAUUACCUCCUCACUUGGCCGCACAGACAGGGUACCACUCUGUCUACCCACAACAGUACCAAGCCCCACAGGUGGAGCUCCCUUACCCAACAGUGGGCCUCCAAACACAGAACAAUGUCUACCAAAGCUAUGAGAAUAUGCUUCAUUUGGACGUAGAUGGUUUUCCACAGACCAGUUAUCCGAGCUGGCCACAUCUCGCCUCGCCACCGUCACUGCCUUCCACUCCUCCACUGGUUCCUCAGGAGCCUUUUUAUCAAGUUGGAUACUCCACUCCCCCCAGCUUGGCGCAGGAGGACCAUCUGAGGAAUUAUGUGGCUCCAUACGCAUCACAUGUUCCAGCUCAGGCUCAAUCCACACCACAAGUCUCCAGUUCAAGCUCUUCAUCAGAUCUUUCCCCAUCACCGCCAGAGAGCCCCACAAGCACUUUAUCAUCCUUCAGCACACAAUUGCACCAAUUUGUACCUGAGAUGACUGACAGUAGUCCAGCACCGGAAGUCUCUUCUACUGAAUCUGAAGUCCAGUCUGCACCGGUGACUGUCGGGCGAUUCCAGGUGACGCCCAGCAUUGACAUUCCUGCGCCUGCUGUGCCUGUCGUUGUUGUGCCCUCUGCACUGCAGCCUGAGGUGAGGAGUAGCACCCCGUCUGAAAGCAGCACAGAGGAACAGGGAGAGUCUGAGACAAGCCUGGGCACCUCCCUCACCAUGUCUCCCCCUCACCCUCAUCCUCACAGAGGGUCAACCGGGGUUCUCCAGGAGGAGGAGGACGGGCAGCCGGGAUGGCCUGGGAGCCAGGAACAGCAGGAGCCGCAGCAACAUGACGGAGGAGAGGAGGACGAGGAGGAUGAAGAGGGAGAGGUGGUUGGGGAACGGCAGAGAACAAGGAAGAGGAGUCGGAGGAGAGCGCAGAGCCUCAGCCUGAUGGGAACGUCUGCUGACAGCGGACUUUCAGUGACGGCCGCUGAGAUGGAAGGGAGGCUGUGGGAUGGGGCGUCGGGCAGCCCACAGUACAACACUGCCCUUCAUAAUCUAUGGAUGAUGACUUUCAGCCGAAACGCUCCCUACAGCACCGAUGACUCAGACAGUGAUGAUGAAGAAAUGCUGGAAGAGCUUCAGGAACUGAGAGAUAAACAUCUAACAGAGGUUCAGACCCUGCAGGCUGCCCAGAAGAAAGAGAUUGAGGAGCUGUACCAGAAGAUGGGGAAGGUUCCUCCACCCGGCAUCGUCUCUCCUGCUGCUAUGCUGUCCAGUAGACAGCGCCGCCUCUCUAAGGGAAGCGGUUUCCCCACCUCCCGCAGGAACAGCCUGCAGCGCUUGGACAUAUUGCCAAUCCAAGGUAUUAUCAGAAGAAACUCCAUUGGAGGCAGCAGUAGUGGGUCCCAGGAUAAACACAGCAGAGCGGUCACCUUUGCUACUGACAUUAGUAGAAUGUAAGAAAUUCUCAGCCAAGCAUGCUGUACAUGUCUGGACUACCUCAUCUGAAGUGUGACUGCGACAGUCAACCCCGUCCUGAAGGAGGAUCACUUCAACACUUUACACCAGCACUCCGAUCAACAAAAACUGCUUCCGUCUGCCAGUGGCCGUUUACCUCAGUAAAUCUGGAAUCUUUACACAGGAAACUGUGACACGAUGUCAGUUUUCUGCCUUUCUGUUAAGAGUUGGGGAAUUUGCUGCAGCAUGAGCACAGAAUGAUUACAAUUGACACGCUCUCUUGUAAAUGAACUACUUGAGCAGACAGUUCAGAGGUGACCAGCUUCGGGUCCGGCCACCACAUGGCCUUGCAGAAUGCCACAUUGCAGUUUGCAUCAAAUCUUUUCAUUGAGCAAGCUUUUUUGUGUGCUUCAGUGCUGUAGCGUUGUGGCCUUAUGAGCUGCAGUGGCACUUGUUAUUAGCUCUGAGCUAGGAUAAGUUAAGUCUGACUCACUGCCGUUCAUCAUUCGAAGCACAGCGAAUCUCUGACUUGUACUAACAGUCCUUACAUGGAUAACAUUUGUUUAAUCCCACAAUGUAUUUGCUGUUGCUGUUGUUAGCUGACACGAAGACUCUAAAUACAGUUUGAAUACAGUUAUUAAACUGUAUUAUUUAGUGUAGCUUUAGUUUCUGAUCACGUGUUUUCUCUUGAGUCAGCCUGGACAGGUUUGACUGGCAUUUUAAUUUGCAGUGAAGAGGAUUCUUCAUUUUGUACAGCAGUAUAAUGAGAAAGCAUUAAGAAGAUGAUGCAACAGGAAGAAAAGUUGUACAGGAGUUACAAAUGCUGGCAUGUAGCAUGCUUCAGAAGAAAAAUUUAUUUUUUAUCUUGUGAAAAGUGCAGGAGCGUAGAGAAUCUUUCUUCAGUUUCCAAUAGUAUAGACAAUGUUUCCUUAUGUUGAUUGGUUGUGGAAAAAUCCACCUAGGUUUCAGACUACUGGCUUGUACAUGUGUAUAUAGUAGAGCGCCUUUAUAGAUCACGUUUACACAUAAAGAGUAAACUCAAAUUUCAGCAACCUUAACUUUUGCUCAAGCAAAAAAAAAUCAUAUUUGUUGCUUGUUCCAUGAUUCAAGCACCUUCUGCACUUUAGUCAUUUUUAAUUCUGUCAUUUAAAGAUAUUUGUGGAUAAAACUGUGCUCCACUCGAGGAAGUUAUGCUCUCCUGUUUCGUUUUUCCUCCGUCUUCAGUUUGUCUGGUCACAUUAUUACGUACUUGAUCACAGUUAAGUUGCUUCAUAGUCCCACAGGUUUAAGUUAUUUAUGUAUUGUGGGAUUUGGAGAAAUUAAUUCAAGCUGUGAAUCUGUAGAUGCCUUAUGAAAAUAUUCCCUACACACACACUGAAUUUUCCUGGCAGUUCAACUCCUGUAAUAUUCAUAAUAUAUCAAAGACAUUUCAACAUUUUGAAUGUAAAUAUGCAAUUGUAUUGCUUCCUGAAGCUGCUGUCCUAUCGAGCUGAAUCUGUGCCUUUCCUUUUCAAUGUCUUAUUUUUUUCAUUUUACUCUCAAUUAUUGGUGGCUAGAUCAAACUCUGUUUCAAACUUUGAUUAAAAUAAAUGCAACUGUAAAUACCA